AUGUUAACCAGCGGAGAUGUGGUUUGGAGGACCGACUCAAACUAUAGACAAGGUUCUCCCAACCUCUCGGGAACCAUAUUCGCUCAGGUGAACGACCUCCUACUUGAGAGUCCUAAUCUGAACUCAACACACCUCUUUCGUGCGGACAUUCUAUUCGAUAGCUCGGGACAUCUGAAGACUGCGUUGGAGAAGGAAAAAGCCUUCGUUGUUCGCACAAAUGGUACAACCCAUGGUACGGUUGGCGAUGUGGAGGAAACGACCAAUCCUUUGCCGCAACAUGCAGCUGCCCCAGUCAUUGAUGGCGCCAUCCUCAAACGAAGCGUCUUGCGAAGAUUGAUACCCAGGAACGCGCAGCUCGACCCUCCGUUGGAGCAAUGGUGCUACCUGUAUGAUCUUUCGCCAGCUUCCACCAUCACAGGUCACAUUGUCGUCUAUGUCCCCCAAGUGGAAUCCGAGAAUGCUAUGCCUUGGUAUCAUCCUACUAUCAAAGCCAUGGCUUAUCUCUAUGAGACGACCGAGGCCGGACCAUCACUGUCAAUUCAUUUCCUGUCAUUCACACCUGACGCCGAGGUACCGCUCCGUCUUCACCGGACGUUCAUAUCGCUCUUGCAAACAUUCCUUCGACUGGCAAAAGGUCCGACACCAGACACAAAACCUAUUAACGGACAGGUAGAAGAUGGACAAGGAUUCUCCCUGGCGCCAUCCGCAAUAAAAGACACAAUUCUCCCCCAACAUACCGUUCAGGAUACCUACAGCCGGUUGAAGCAGAAAUAUGCCCCUGACCUCAUAUCACGCUGGGUCGAGCAGACUGAACCCUCCAAGCACGUCUUCGAAGACGUUUCUAUCGCCGCAUUCCUGAUCGAACUCUGGCGACAAAUGUAUGAAACCCCGUCCGACUUCCCAGGCUUCAUUGACGUUGCAUGUGGCAACGGCGUCCUCAGUUACAUUUUGAUUCAAGAAGGAUAUCCUGGACGUGGAUUUGAUGCUCGAAGGCGAAAGACAUGGGAAGUGCUAGGCAUGGAUGACCACCUGGACGAAAUGAUUUGUGUCCCACAACCAUUCAUAUCCGCUCUCAAAUCCGAUAUAGCCGACUUCCUACCGCAAGCCAGAGUGCACAAUGGCCUCUUCCAACCCAACACAUUCAUCAUCUCCAACCAUGCCGACGAACUCACACCUUGGACCCCGCUACUGGCCACACUCUCAUCUCCAAAUUCACCUCUCCCAUUCCUCGCUAUCCCCUGCUGCUCACACGCCCUCAGCGGCGCCAAGCAUCGCUACCAACCAAAAGACAGCCACCCAAAAACCGACUCCAAAAUCAAUGGUGCAGAAGAACAACCUGCAACAGGUGAUUUGAAAGCGUUACGUGCAGCGAAGCUGAAAGCAGCCAAUCACUCGGACGAUAAGAGCAUGUAUGCUUGUCUGACACGGAAGGUGGUGAGCAUCACCGAGGAAAUUGGUAUGCAAGCCGAGGUCACGCUCAUGAGGAUCCCGAGUACGAGGAAUAUUGGCAUUGUGGGAAAUCGCAGGAGUGUUGCUACGAGAGGGAGGAAGGAGUCACAGAGUAAAUCCGAAAACCCUACCGAUCCAGCGACAGUUGCGGAGAAAGUCGUUGCUCGUGAAUGUACAAUGUCAGGAGGAAUCUCUGCAGCGGCUCAAACAUGGAUUGAGCGUGCCCAAAAGCUGCAAACAGGCGCUGGAAGGGGAAAGGUCAAUCUCGGUGGGAAGACUGUGCAUGAUUGA